AUGGCCCCUUCAGCCUCCCGAAAACUCUCUCCUACCCCAUGCAAAAAGGUUAAAAUUGGUGUAGAAAACUCCCUAAAAAGGAGGACGCUGCUCACCAUCCUGGUGGUCCUGGGGGAGCCAGUGACAGCCUGGAAGGGACCAAGCCUCGAGUUGCUCCCUCCGGCCCCCCACGCCGGGGACAAAGGCAAACUGACAAAGCAGGAAACCACCAUCGCUAAUGAGACAUUGCCGGGUCUCCCCGAAAUGAAGAUGAGUGAUGAUGAAGCCAGCCCCCGGCCGGAAGAAGGGUCAGCAGGAAAAUCAUUGCCCUGGCCCAUGAGCCUGGCCACCAAGAGACCUGCUCCCAGGAAAAAGGCGAGAAAGGUGUCCCUGUCACUUGAUGUCCCCACCCAUGUACUGAAAGUCGUACUUGACCUGGCCAGAGAGAAGGAGCUGCAGGCCAAGGUGGCCGCCAAUGCUGAGCUGAUGGCCCGGCUUGGGCGCAGGCGAUGA